AUACUAAACGCUUCUCAUUCGAGCUGCUCUUUGGCCAAACUGGAGGGAUUUCUGUAUGCAGUGUGUGCGACUAGAACAACACGCUAGCAGAGCAGAGCAAAGCAAAGAUAACGUAUCUAACGUUAUAGCUAACCCUAUCCUCUUCACAAACAAGUCAGCUCUGUGUGACUCUCAAAAUGGAUUUAGAAGAUGACACCACUGUGUUAACAACCUUGAAGUCCUUCAAUUCCUUCAUCAGCCACACUGAACCUCCACAGCGGCUGUCAGAGCACUCAGCAGGGAGUGGAAACCUGCAGAGUCAGUACAAACGCAGCAUGGAGUUGUUGGAAGCAGCAGAGAGGGUUCACUCUAAGAAUAGCUACCUUCGGUUGGACCAGGAGAAGAAGCAGAUGGAGCUGAGUCACAAGCGAGCUCGAUUUGAACUAGAGAAGUCUGCUUCUGACAGCGCACUAGACUUGGAGCAUGUGGUUGAACGGAACAAGGACCUCUUGGGGAAAAUAAAAAAGUUGGAUGAGAGAGAGACUGAGGCAGCUAAGAACCUAUCAGAGCAGGUGGAGGCAAAUCGUUCUCUCCGUAAGAACCUGGAAGGCGUGAACAAGAAACUGGAGGAGCGAGAUACUAGACUGAACACUGCUAACCAGAACAUCAGUUCUUUGAAGGAUGAGAUCAGAGAGCUGAAGCAGAAGAUUCAAAACCAAGAAUCAGCAAUUUCUACUCAAACCCUAGAAAACCAGGAACUGCAGGAGCAGUUAGAUUUACAACGCAGGAAGAAUCAGGAAGUUUCUCAGCUUUGCCAAAAUCUCCAAGCUGCCCAGUCCUCCUGCUCAGAGCACAUCAUCAAGAUUAAGGAGUUGGAGAGGCGUCUUGCCCUCCAGGAGCAAGACAUCGCCAUUGUGAAGACUGUUAAGUCAGAGGUGGCCAGGCUUCCGGACCUGGAAAAGGAGUUGAAGCGCCUCAGAGAUGAUAAUGCCUUUCUCAGGGAGAGCAGAGAGAAUUGCAGCCUGUUGAAAGAGGAGGUGGAGGGGCUGAGGAGGAAGCUCGAGAGGAUGGAGAAAACGAAAGAAGAGCUGGUCAAUAUGGAACUGGAGAAGGAGAGGUUUGCAGAGAAGCUCCAAGCCUGGGAAAACCUGGGGCAAUCUACUGGACUUAACAUAAGGAAACCAGAGGAUCUGUCCAGGGAGGUGAUUCAGAUCCAGCAGAGAGAAAUUGCUCUGAAAGAGCAGAACUACACACUCAACAGCCGUGUGAGGAGCGUGGAGCGUUCGCAGUCUGAGCUCCGUGCAGAGCUGUCCCAGCAACGCAGCAAGACCCUGGAAGAGCAGAAGAAGAGGGAGACACAGGACGCUCUUGUCCGUCGACUACAGAAGAGAGUACUGUUAUUAACCAAGGAGCGUGAUGGAAUGCGUGCCAUACUAGAGUCCUAUGACAGCGAGUUGGCGCCUACUGAGUACUCUCCUCAACUCAGCAAACGGCUCAGGGAGGCAGAGGACAUAUUGCAGAAGACACAGAACCACAAUGCAGAGAUGGAGACCCAGCUGACCAAAGCACAGGAAGAGACGGGGACUCUGAAACUGCAGUUGCAAACAGUGGAGCUGGAGCUGGAGUCUCUAAAGAAGCAGCAGGCCUCUGCUACUGACAGCAAUUCUUUAGUGACCAAAGAAGAGGUCAGCAUACUCAGACAGAAAAUUGAAGAUUUAGAGACAGAGCGGCAGCGUUUGGAGGAGCAAAACAACAUUCUGGAGAUGAGACUGGAGAGACACAACCUACAGGGAGACUAUGAUCCAGUCAAAACCCGAGUUCUCCACCUCAAAAUGAACCCUACCACUGUUGCCAAGCAACAGCGCCAGCAGGAAGUUGAGUCUCUUCGGGAGGAAGUGACACGUCUCAGGGAACUUGUGCGCUCAUUGCAGGAUGGAAGCGCUCUGGUCCAUUCACAAGACGACUCCAGUAUGCACACCCCCAGCCUCGGCCUCAGUUUGCCGCCAUCGAAGGAGGUGCUAGAUUUACGUAAGCAGAUGGAGAGCUCAGAGCUCAGGAACCAGAGGCUGAAGGAGGUGUUUCAGAGGAAAAUUCAGGAGUUCCGCACAGUCUGCUACGUCCUGACCGGCUAUCAGAUAGAUAUCACCACUGAGAACCAAUACAGGCUCACCUCAGUCUAUGCAGAGCACAUGGAGGACUCCUUGCUCUUCAAAAAGGGCUCCAAUGGAAGCAUGCAGCUCAUGGAGACAGAGUUCUCCAAAACCCUUGGCGAGAUGGUGGCCCUUCAUCUGCAUCACCAGAAAAGCAUCCCAGCGUUCCUGUCUGCAGUGACCCUCGACCUCUUCAGCCGACAAACCACUAUCUGAAGUUAUUUGACACCAUCUCAAACUUAGGGCUGUAAAAUUCAGGAUGGGAUUAGUUUUGUUUUUAAUUUCCUGUGCUUUUAGCUUUCUUCCUUGCCUUGUUUUUCUGUCUCAUACGAUAUUCACAGUGUUCAAAAUGUGCCGGCAAUUCUCAACAGCUCUGACAUAUGAAUAGUGCAGUCAGUGCUGUGUUGUGGAGGAUGAACACCGUGUUUGAUGAAAUACUUCCAACUUAUAUUCAAAAGGCUAAGAAAGCAACUAUUUGUACGCUGAAUAUUUCAUCAAUGAAACUUUGAGAAACAGAUUUUUUUCUUAACAGAACAAAGUUGUCAUGAAAAUGACACACAAAAGCCACUGAUAGUUGGAAUACCUUUCCCACCAAGUUUAAUACACACUAUGUGGAGCAAAAGAAACAUUUGUGUGGUUCUCUGGAUCUGGACUAGAUGUGUUUUGCGUGGUCUUUACCAAGGCUGAGUCUUUGUUGACUCUUUUUAUUCUGCCUUUUGUGUCCUCUCUCUUGGGGUUUCACGCAGAUGUUCGGUGGUUACAACUGGUCCAAGCCAAUCCAAAGAAAAUGUAAAAGAAAUAAAUUUCAGUACAAUUCUUUUUCUCAUUUGUGUCCUGAGAUAAAUCAAAAUUUGAAGCUUCAUCAGUAUCUUUUUUUUAGUUAUGCUAUACAUAUGAUUAUUUGUGUUAAUUAUUAUUUUAUUAUUAUUACUGAUUAUGUACUUGAAUUGAAGAUAAAGUCUAAACUCAAGUUUCCUGUACUUGUCUCUCUCUGGUCCUUUCCGCUAGAAGAGGCAAUAAGGGAGGAGGUGAAGACCAGACCUUGCCUCCCUUUCAGCACAUUCAAAAUUUACACUGUGGUUUGACCUCGAGAAAAAAUUUCAAUAUUUGAUCUGUAAUAACCUCACCAAAUUUGAAAUUCGCCGUGUAUAAGUGCAACAGGCAUUGCCGUGUUCUCAAACAGGGAGAGUUUUGUAAGUGUGGAUCUAUUGCAUUUCCUGUUGUCCUCAUUAAGAUAGCCAGUUGUCGUUUUCUUCAUUAACGUAAAAUGGAUAAAACUGAACAAAUACUCAUGACACAAAACCAUUUGAGAAGUAAAUGUGUGGAGUCAUUUUGGAUAUAUAGAUCGGACAUAAAUGGAACACUCGUGGACAAAGGUAAGGCUGUUUGCUGUCUUUAAAAAAAAAAAAAAAAAAAAACU